CCGCAGCGGCCGUAGCUGCAGCCGCCGCCCGUUGCAGCGCCGGCGCUGAUGCCUCCUGCGGUGGCCCGGCAGGGAAGAUGGCGCCGUCCCACGUCCUCAAGUGUUGCCAGAAGGUGUUGGCCUGGGUGCCCGUGGCCUUCAUCGCCCUGGUCGUGGCCUGGUCCUACUACGCCUACGUGGUGGAGCUGUGUGUGUUUACUAUUUCUUCAACUGCAGAAAAAGUUACUAUUUCUUCAACUGCAGAAAAAGUUGUCUACCUUGUGGUUUUUCAUCUGUCAUUUGUCAUGUUUGUAUGGUCCUAUUGGAAGACAAUUUUCACAUCUCCUGCAUCCCCCUCUAAUGAGUUCUGCUUGUCAAAAGCUGAUAAAGAACAAUAUGAAAAAGAAGAGAGACCAGAAUCCCAGCAGGAGAUUUUGAGAAGAGCUGCUAAAGACUUGCCUAUCUAUACAACAACAGCAUCAAGAGCAAUCAGAUACUGUGAUCGAUGCCAGCUAAUCAAGCCUGACCGCUGCCACCACUGUUCUGCGUGUGACAUAUGUGUACUAAAAAUGGACCACCACUGUCCAUGGGUGAAUAAUUGUGUGGGAUUUUCUAACUACAAGUUCUUCCUUCUGUUUUUAAUGUAUUCCUUACUGUACUGUCUGUUUGUUGCUGCUACAGUCUUGCAGUACUUCAUAAAGUUUUGGACAAAUGAAUUGCCAGAUACCCAUGCAAAAUUCCACGUACUAUUCCUUUUCUUUGUGGCAGCCAUGUUCUUCAUCAGCAUACUGUCACUCUUCAGCUACCACUGCUGGCUAGUUGGCAAAAACAGGUCAACCAUAGAAACAUUCCGUGCACCCACAUUUCGAAAUGGUCCUGAUAAAAAUGGCUUUUCUCUGGGAUGGAGGAAAAAUCUCAGAGAGGUUUUUGGAGAUGAAAAGAAGUAUUGGCUUCUCCCUAUCUUUACAAGUUUGGGCGACGGGUGUAAUUUUCCAACUCGUUUGGUAAUUAUGGAUCCAGAGCAAAUUACUGUCUCAAGCCAAAAUGAACCUACCAGAAGCUCUGGAGCAAAUCAAUCUUUUCCUACUCGACCACUGAGUGAAUCACAAAAUCGACUGCUAGCCGGCGACAGUCAGUGGGUGGAAAGUGGCCCUGAAGAGGAAAACGCUAAAUCAGGUUUCUGCAACACAUUUUGUGCUUGAGUAUUACUUAAUUUUAUUUGGAAGAAGCUGAUCAGUUAAAAAUGGAACAUUUUAGGAAGAGACAAGAAAUUCAAGUUUCUGCACAGUAUGAUGGAUUCUUGUAAGCACUAUUGCAGAGCAGGGAAGUAAAGACUGAUGCCUUAAGAUUCUUAAUGUGCAUUUAUGCAACACUGAAUUAUAUACUGCUACCAAAGGGCCAAAUCCUGAAGUGCCCUGCUUGGAUGCACAAGGUCCAGAGUGGGAACUAUGCAUUUCUGUUAUGCUGCAGUGGUGGGGUAGAUUGCAGACACUCCUACCUCCCCACGGGCAAACUUCAUACCGUAGGCACUGCAGAAGUCACCUCCAUAGCAGGUCUCCAGGGUACAGAAUGAAAGUAAAAAGGAAAAGGAAAAGAAAAAUCAAUCCAGAACAUGGCCAUUGAGUCUGAGGUGUGAUUAUACAAAGUUCAGACACCAGGUCAUGGGGUAGAGACUGGACAGUGUCUUCACCUCUCCUCCUCCUAAACCACUCUGCUCCGUAAUUGUAGCUCUCUAAGUCUUCUGGGACUGAGGAUUCCUUCUACAAGCUGUGCUUUGGAGCAAGGCAAUGCCCACAACGUAAAAGCCUUUUACAAGGGUGUUGCUUUUUUGCUGUAGGAUUGAGCCCCUCUUCAUUUUAACUUGAUUUAUUUAACAUAUCAAGAACAGAGCUGAACGAAGCAAACUCGUCCAACAGUUAUCAGCACACAGAGAAAAGCCAACCCAAAAAGGAAUUGACCAUUGUUACAUUUUCUGUUAAUGUUCUGUAUGAGGCAGUAACAAAAUGGUAUAGUACCCCUGAGAAAAACCUUAUUGCCGUUGCAUCUUGUUAGAAAAUUGAACUGGAAGAGUACUGCUUUUUCUGUGGGACUCUUGAUGGUUUCUAAAUGCUGUUUUAUACUUUUGUUUUAUCUUUUUUAAUAAAGGCACAAGUUUUUAUUGGUUCUGAAGUACCAUUUAAACAAAUACCAAGUACUUAUGAGAAAAUUAGUGUUGGAUCAUACAUCUGUGUUAAUACACUGAAAAUUUGUGUGCUUUAGCCUGCCACUUUCAAGUGAUGCUGAAAUUGUGACAAUUUGAGUGCUCUGUGCAGUGAUGUACCUGUUCACAAAAGACAAAAGGUGUUUCCUGUGGGAGGAAUAAAGUCCCUCUGAAGUGCAGGGCCUGCAGCCAACAACAUGUUUGGGUUUUUUGCUCUCACUCCUCCCUAAAGAAGACUGCUAACUCAUCUUCAGGUGGCAUUGGAGUUUGGAACCUGGAAAAAGAGAUAAAUAUUUUUUUCAUGUCUGUAACUGUUCGAUGUUCAGCUGAUGCUGAUUACAAGUAGACCUGAGCCCUUGCAAUGCAGACCGAAGGCAGUAGCUGAGCUGAUGACCUGGACUGAAAGAACUUGUUUGGCUUCUCUCCCAGACUGAUUGCCACUUAAGUAAAAUAUGUUUAUGAUUAAAUAUACUGUAAGGUUUAAAACAAGUAUUUUUUUUUGUCUUUGGAAAGAAUAAAUUUCUCUUGAGAUACUAAUCUUCUAGAACAAGGACCGUUUUGAGAACCAUGAACAGGAUUUGGUCAGUGUUGGAUGUUCUUGAGACAGAAGGAAUGGUCCAAAUUUGCAUGUUUCAUAAAAGUUGCAGAAUGUUUCUUAAACUCUGUACAAGCAAUUUUGCAUUUGCUAACUUCAGAACUUAGAAAAACGUUUGCUAAACAUUAGUCUGAAAUUCUGGGAUUUUUUCUUCUCAAAUGUCAAGUGAGAAGUGCUCAUCUGAAUAUAAGCUGGCAGCAGUACUGCACCAGCAAAAUUUCUUGGGGAAGACAACAGCGACAGAAGACUGCAAGUUCAGAUGGCUCGUUCUGAAUACAAAAAUUCACAGCCCCAAACACCGGUGGAACGGUAGUGGAGGGCUUAGGAUAUCACCUGGCUUUUGCUGCAUCCCUGUGUUACAGCUGAGGUAACACACACGUUGCACAGUCAUUGGCUAGCAGAACUAGGAGCAAGAGUGAUGUCUCCAGCAGAGUGAGUAUCACUGACUCAGCAGCAUCGUGUCUAUUCCCCACCACUGGCAAAGUCCUUGUAUCCUCUGUAGGCUAACAUUAGUAUCACUUGAUUCCUAAGUCAGGAUAGUUAAUCUGCAGGAAAAACUGCAAGUAAACAGAUGGGGCUAACUCCAUGUGUAUUCUCUAGCAAGUGCUGGUCUUUAGAAAACAGUUUGUGGUAUAUCUGAUGGACAUUUUUGUCGCUUUUCAUGAAGAGAUGACAUUUCUGACAUCUUUAUGCAGAUUGUGGGCACAUUUUGUCCCAGAUUUUUCCUGUGUUUUGGAUGAGGAAAGGAGGAGAGCAGUCUGCUGAGGAUACUCUUGGUGUAAAAGCAGGCAUGACUGAAAAGUCACUUUGACAAAUAUGAAACAUAGUAACAUAAUUCAAAUAUCACAACUCCCUGCCCCCGUCAAGUUACCAAGAGAAACCUCAGACUGGUGCAUAGGAAUUCGGUUCUCCAAGGGAAUUGUGGUAGAUGAACUCUAAGGGCACACCAAGGGGGGAGCCUGGGUCAGGUUUUCCUGGCAGGGCCUGGCUCUGCAGGACAUCUUGUUGUCUUAAGGUGGCAGGAUGGUACCUUCUGUCCUGACAGCUGCUUGGCCAUGAGCAAGGGUACUCUGUGCUGCAUCACAGUAAGACAGGCAAAAAGAGGGAGCAAAGCAGGAAUUAAACAGCCAGUGAGGACAAAGCUGUUUGGCUGGGUUGCAAGUGGACUGAGGCACUGCUACCAGCAGAGGCAGGGGAGCUGCAGGGAAUGGGCCCUUUUGGCCCAUGCACUGAAGAGCUGAAAACGUCCAGUAACUGCAGCGAAAAGAGCAGCCCGGCCUGUUCAGGAGGCCAGAGUAGAGAUGGAUCCUGGGAAAACAACUGUCCUGGGUACUGGGUCCUGUCAUACAUGAGGGGUUUGUGCUUUAACCUGCUCUGUAGUGGGGGGUCUUGAAAAUACCUAGAUUAUCACUAAAAAUAACAGCCCUUAAGUUUUUUGAGUCAUCAAAAUAAUUACUAUUGCAAGCCAUAAAUAGUGUUGUAGUUACUGUAGGAUAGUUGCUGUUGGCUGCAAAUAGAAACUAUGCUUUAGUUUUCUUACUGUUUUUUCUUUUUAAAAAAUCAACGUCCAAACAAGUCACACACACAAAACUACAUUGAGCUCCAGGUGUGAGACUGACAGAGGGCAAGAUUUCUCCUUGAGAUUUCUGAAGUGUCUUGAUGACAAACCUCACUUUGUGAAUGAGGCAGGAAGAACCAUAAGUAGAAAAUAUUUAGAACUACACAGCUCAUACUGGUUGGUUUUUUCCUUACAAUUACUUGUUCACAUAAUUGCUGCUCCUACCAAAGGCAUCCUAAGGGAAGAAGGCAAGAAGAGGUGUAGGUUCUGUCAUAACUGACUUUGCAGUAUUAUCUCGAGAUGGCAGUAUCACAGGUUAGAAGCAUUACAAGCUUUUGACUAAAAACUUCCACUUUCAAUAGCCAUAGAUGGAGUUUAGGCACUCAGUGAUUCGAGUAGAAGUUACGGUAACAUUUUUGUUAAAGCUGCCCCUCGAGUGUGGAAUUUUCAGGUACUGAGCUACUUUUGGUAAGCCAUUCUUAGAAACUGGUCCUGUUCUCCAGAGGACCUACAGCUUUCAGGUGCUGUUUCCUCUGUCGUUCGCAUGUCUCUUCUGUAACGUUAAAAAUAAUCUUCGGGAGUUUGGAGGUUUUAGAUAAGUUCAGUACCAUUCAAUAUGCAGCUAUCUCAAGUGUGGCCUCAUCGUAGCUCACCAGCGUCCCCAGAGGAGCCAAAAAGCAGUGCUUGCAGCAGCACUAGUGUCUGGCAGUUACCAAGGGAUGCAACGACCCUGGCAUAAAAUCACCAGAUCUGCCUAGAUCUGGAGCACUAACUGACCAUAUUUAUGACAAAAGAAAGAACCAACCCACCUUUGAGGUCGUAGUGAAUGUUCUCUGAGGACAUAAUCUAAAAUUGUACGUAACUGGGGGGCUACAGGUACACAUUCAGAGAGGCUCCAAAGAGUGGACACUUGGUGCAGAUCAGGUCUUUCACAGUACCUAAAAAAAUAUCCAGGUACAAUAUGGGAGGCUCCUUUAUCCCUAAAAGGCACCAAAGAGAGCUGCUGCAGAUGAAGUGUUUUGUUACAGUACUGAACAUGUUUACUACACUCAUUUCUAUCAGUUUAUUUUGUAUAUACAGAACAGCUUUUUAUAUGUGUUUAGCAGUUCAGGCAUUUUUCUCAGCAAUUACUUGAAUCUUGUCUCCAUUAGGUAGUGAAGUCUGAUAAUGUUUACAGGAUUGGUUUCUUUGGGGUUUUUGGGGGGGGGGGGGGGUUCUCUGUCUUGCUCCCCCCCAUCCCCACCCCGAGAAACAUGCUCAGCAGCUGCACAGAUGUGUCAGCGAUGAAGCACUGGCAUCAUCGUUAUGGGCACCAAAGUGUUAACAGUGACAUGCAGAUUCCCUUCUGUUUACAUAGCUUAUCUGACAGCCUGCACCUGUAGCACUGUCCCUCUGAUUUGUCCUGUCCUUUAACUACUUGCUAUCAGCUUUGUUGUGAAAAACUCAAUUCUUUCUGAAGGACACUUUGCCACCAUCAUAAAACUGUCACAGGAAGAGGCAGCAAUCCCACUCUGUCGCCUCUCCCCUUUUUCCCUUGGAUGAAUUCAACGUCCCUGGGUUAUCACUGCAAUUAUUUUUGUAUUUGCCAGCAACGGUCACCAACAUUUGCACUAAUUGCAACAUCCCAGCUCUUCUGCUUCCACAUAGUUGUUUUCAGUUGUUCUGCCUAAACUUGCAAUGAGCUGUAUUUAAGGUGAAGUGUAAAAAAUGUAUGUAAUAAUGACACAUGUAUUUUUUUGGGUAUGUCACAGAUAGGACUAGUCCUAUGCACAGAGAAAAUGUGUUGCCAUUUAUAGUUUAAUACUUGAAGUAACUUUUUAAAAUAGGCUUUUAUAAAUGAAUUAAAUACAAAUUCACAUUGCUUUGCCUGGAAGUUCCUUCAUGUUUUAGUUGUAUUGUGCAAUUUCCCCGUGUGUGUACUUUUCCAUAAAUGUUCUCUUCAGCCAUUUAUAACCAUUGAAAGUGCAUUUAGGAUUUUGUACAUGAGUGUUUGGGCUCAUUCAUACUUCUCUGAAGUAUAGUUUAUGUUUAAAUAAAAAGACUUGUACCAUUUUAAGCCUCUUUUCCAAAGUGGUAAAAUAUGGAUGGACAUUUGAACUCAUCAGUGAAUGCAACAUCAACUUAAUAAAAGUACGUGAAAAACUGUGAAAAUUGCUUAGCUAUAGCAUGUGUGUGUGAGAUCAGUGGGAAAAACUGCUGACCUGGCAACAUUUUGUAACUGUUCCACAGGUUUUACACGCCAGC